AUGCUAAACCUCUUUUAUACUACCGUGCCUGCCAGUUCUUACCACGCACUCGUGGUCGUGGACAAAGAUGGCACCCUCUACUAUAUGACUCUUUCAAAAACCAACACCGGGCUGUUGCAACUGCUCAUGGUGAAGGACUUCUCCAAGCACACUCAUAUCAGACUCAACGCGUUGUCUUCGACUACACUCAUAAAGGAUGCAAGCAGGAUCAACCAAACGGUCGCCCUAGUCAGAGAGGCCAUGGAAGACCCUAAAUCCAUGGACAUCUCCAAGAUUAAGUACAAGAUAAUCUUUGGAACCAGCCUCCAGCGCAGAGUAUGGGACAAACUCCUCGAAAUUGAGCCUGGAACUGUCACCGACUACUUCACGUUGGCUGGCGCAUUGAAGAUGCCAACCUCCAGCAGAGUGGUUGGAAACUGUGUCGGGGCAAACAGAAUAGCCUUGUUUAUUCCAUGUCACCGGGUGCUCACCAAAGACCGCAAGAUCAGUGGUUACCGCUACGGCGUGGAAGUAAAGCGGGAUAUACUCCAACUCGAGCUUGGGCAAGAGUUCGAUAAGCUUGUCAACUAG